AUGCGCGCCUCCGCUCCAAACACAGCGGACGGCAAGAACAACAACACUCCCGACCAUCACACGCGAGUGGUCGUUGUCACCGUACCACCUUCGUUGCAUCUCUCUGGCAUACCAUCACAGCAUCAAGUCAAGGUGGAUCCGCACGCUUAUACGCUCAUACACACACUCGCCAAGGUCACAUACGCGAUUUCUCCCAAAAUGGACGGUCGACGAGCCUCGUCCGCAGGCACUUCGGGAAUUCCCCAGAUGCGCUCGGGCAUUCCGAGACCAGGCGGAGCGACUGCUGCUGGUGCUCCUGGUAGUGGCGCUGAAUCUGCAAUCCCGCGACCUAAUUCGAGAAUGGGUACAACAGGUCCAGCUGUAGGCACGGGCGCUCGAACGGCCGGUGGUCCGAUGGGAGUGUAUCGCCCCUCCUCUGCCGCUGGUCGAAAUUCUGUCGGUGGGCCCAUGGGAGCCGCUCCAGGUUCCUCCUCGCUGCUGCUGCGCCAAGCACCUGCUAGCGCUGCUCCUUCCACCAGAACCUACUCUGGUCUCGCCAACCGCAUCAGCACUCUAUCGGCACGCCCGCUUGACCCCAACACAUCCUCCAAUAUGCUUGGCGACGACGUCUCGUCCGCCUCGAUCCUCCUAGACACCUCGAUCGGCCCUGGAGCACACAAACGCACGGUCUCGGCAGCAGGCCUCGCAGAUGAAAGCAUGUCGUUCAGCAGCAACGCCGCCAUCAAACGCCCUCACCUCCGCAAACUCAGCAUGGACGGCACCUCGCCGCUUUUGCUGCAGGCCGAUUUGCAUCCGGCGAGCACUCCAAGACCUGAAUCACCCGCUUACGAGAUCGCCGUGCUUCGCACCCAUUAUGACCAACAACUCCUCGCUGAGAAUCGCAAGUACAAGAAGCUCGAACAGGAUUACGAGGCCAAGUGCAAGGAGCUCGAUCGAUUCAACCGUCAACGUGUCGAGUUGCUCGACGAGUGGGAUAAGCAGCAAGGGACUUCGCGCUCCAAGGAAGCAGAAUGGAUCUCCAAGCGCCAAUCGCUCGAAGAUGAGAUUGUGCGUCUACGCAGCACCAACUCCGAACUUACGAACCGCAACGACGAGCUCUCGACCAACUCUUCCACAGAGCUUUCUGAACUUCGAUCCAAACUCACUUCGCUCGAGUCGGAUCUCGCCAAAUCACGUGCCGAAGCCCAAGCAGCUACCAUCAAGGCGCAGAGUCUUGCGGACGAAGUAGGAGCCAACAAGGCCGAGCUCGAAGACCUCCAGAACGCACUCGAGGAUGAACAGCGCAUGCGCCUUCAGCAACUUGAUGAGGCUCGACUAGGAGGUGCGGAGCAAGGCGGAAAGAUCGCAGAAGAGUUGGCAAGGCAGACCUCGCAUUUGCGCAAGCUCGAAGCUGAAAAUGCCCACCUCGUAGCUGAGAACGCACGUCUCUCGCAUCACGCUAGCAACGUCGAGCUACUGAAGGAAGAGAAACGAUCGCUCGAGGCCAAAACUCGCACACUCGACGCGCUGCGCGAUCAGCUCGCUGCCGCAGAGGCUGAGGUCGCCGAUUUACACGACAAGGAGAGCAGUUGGGAUGCACUGCUGCGAACCGGCUUGGAAGCAGACGUACAAGCCGCAUUUACAGCUGCUGCCAACACAGACGGCCAUAUUCCUUCCGUCGCCCCACCUGCCGUGAUCGACCGAACCACUCUCCCUACGUACCUCUCUACUCUCCGUGGCACCGUGUCUGGGCUCGAAGCUCGAUGCAAAGCGCUGCAGACCACAGUGGAGAAGCUUCGCGCGCGAAAUGUUACACUCGAAGACGAGGCAAAGGACGUGGAUGCGAAAGAUCGCAAGACGAGCCUGGAGCUUACGGAUCUGCAGACGACUUUGGCUCGCGCGCAGAAGACCGAGAUUCGGCUCAACGACGAGAUUAAACGACUUAAGGCGAUGCUCUCGUCGUACGAGCAGGAGGAGCAGAACCACAAUUCGGCGUCGUACUCUGCUGCGCACGCUCAGAGGAUCACGCUGCUCGAGAGCGAGCUGGAAAAGGCGAAGGAGGAAAACCUCAAGAUGGGCGAGGAGGUCGAGAGUCUUGCCAAGAGCUUGGCCGAGAAGGAGAGCAAGUUUGAAAGCGAUGCAGAGGGUGAAGGAGAUCUCAAGGUCCAAAUGGAACUGCUGCAAGGCGAGAAAGGUGCUUUGGUGGCGAAGGUGUCGGAGAUGGAGAGCAGCUUUGCGUCGCUCACCAAAGAGUUGGAGUCUUUGGGUAAGGAGAACGAGAUGUUGUGGUUGCGGGUUGGGAGGGGAGAGUUUGAUCAGGAGCGACAGAGGUGCCUGGUGCUCGCGUCUAAUCCAGUUUCGCUUGAUCUGGAUGUUCGACGCAAGACUCUGGACGCGCUCAAAGCCGAAAAUCAGAGUCUCUUGGCUCGCGUUGAAGAACUUUCUAGCCUCGCCUCUUCGUCCUCCGCCACCUCUGCCGCAUCCACGGCCGCAGGGCAGGCACUGGUCCCUCAAUCGGUCGUCGACAACCUGCGAGCCGAUCUUGCCGCGCUUCAAGUCUCGAUCGCAGCCAAGGACAAGGCCAUGCUUCGACUUAAGCAGGUCUUCAGCGCCAAAGCCAACGAGUUCCGAGAAGCCAUCCAGUCGCUGUUCGGCUACAAGGUCAAAUUCUUGGAAAACGGCAAGGUGAAACUCACCUCUGCCUUCAACCGCUCCACCAACUCGACUUCGCUCGUCUUUGAGAGCGAAGGCGGCAAUAUCGGCAAGAUGAAACUCAUGGGCGAAGCCAUCAAGUUCCCCGGAUUGGUCAAUCUGGCCGGGUUGAAAGAGUACUGGUUGGAUCCCAACGGCAUCAGGCAGAGCGUGCCUUGCUUUUUGGCCGCUUUGAAUCUGGAGCUGUACGAGAGCUGUACCAUGGCCAUCAGACGGGCAAAGUUUGACGACGAGGGAGAGGGAGACAACGAAUAG